AUGUUAGCUGCUUCAGAAUCUGAGUUAAUCAAAUUAAUGAAUUCUAUAAUGGUAUUUGAAAAUUGCAAAAAUAUAGAAGCUAAUUACAUAAAUUCAAAAGAUAUUAAAAUUAAUAACUCCUCAGAUAGCAUAAGAGCGAAUACGAGUAAUAUGGAUAUAAUCAAAGAAAGUAAAGUUAAUAAAUCACAUAUGCUAGAAAUACCUGAUACAAAUA